AGGCGCGAGGCCCUCCGCCCGCCUCUCCGCCUACUCCAAACCUCCGCCGCCUCAGCUUCCCGAGCGAGCCCUGCGGCCGCCGGAGCAGCUCCCGCGGCGGAGCAGGAGCCGGAUGGUCAGAGGAGCCCGGCAGCCCCAGCAGCCGCGGAGUCGCCUGGCCCCCAGACUGACUGGCACAGUGGAGAAACCACCCCGAAAACGGAAAAGCAGAACUGAAUUUGCUCUUAAAGAAAUCAUGUCCUCUGGCGGUGCUGAAGAUGACAUCCCACAGGGAGAGAGGAAAACAGUGACAGAUUUUUGUUACCUUCUGGAUAAAUCUAAGCAACUGUUCAAUGGGUUGAGAGAUUUGCCACAAUAUGGACAGAAGCAGUGGCAGUCCUAUUUUGGAAGAACUUUUGAUGUUUACACCAAACUGUGGAAAUUCCAGCAGCAGCAUCGACAAGUCUUGGAUAAUCGGUAUGGCUUGAAGCGGUGGCAAAUAGGGGAAAUUGCUUCUAAGAUUGGGCAGCUAUACUACCAUUAUUACCUACGCACAUCUGAGACCAGCUAUCUGAAUGAGGCUUUCUCCUUCUAUUCUGCAAUCAGACAGAGAUCUUACUAUUCUCAAGUCAAUAAAGAGGACAGACCUGAGUUGGUAGUUAAGAAGCUACGAUACUAUGCAAGAUUUAUAGUAGUUUGUCUUCUUCUCAACAAAAUGGAUGUUGUGAAGGAUCUGGUAAAGGAACUGUCAGAUGAAAUUGAAGAUUAUACUCACCGCUUUAAUACUGAAGAUCAAGUGGAAUGGAACCUGGUACUUCAAGAAGUAGCAGCUUUCAUUGAGGCGGACCCUGUAAUGGUAUUAAAUGAUGAUAAUACCAUUGUUAUCACAUCUAAUCGCCUUGCUGAAACGGGAGCCCCAUUGCUGGAACAAGGCAUGAUUGUGGGACAGUUGUCUCUGGCUGAUGCACUCAUUAUUGGUAAUUGUAAUAACCAGGUUAAGUUCAGUGAACUAACUGUUGACAUGUUCCGGAUGUUACAAGCCCUGGAAAGGGAGCCAAUGAAUUUAGCUUCCCAGAUGAAUAAACCAGGAAUGCAGGAAUCAGCUGACAAGCCUACCAGGCGAGAAAACCCGCACAAGUAUCUGCUCUACAAACCAACCUUCAGCCAACUAUACACUUUCUUAGCAGCAUCUUUUAAGGAGCUGCCUGCCAAUAGUGUGCUUCUGAUUUACCUGUCAGCCACUGGCGUUUUCCCCACAGGUCGUUCUGAUAGUGAAGGUCCUUAUGAUUUUGGAGGGGUACUUACUAAUAGUAACCGAGAUAUUAUAAAUGGAGAUGCCAUCCACAAACGAAAUCAGUCCCACAAGGAAAUGCAUUGCCUCCAUCCUGGAGAUCUCUACCCCUUCACAAGGAAGCCGCUGUUCAUCAUUGUGGAUUCAUCCAACAGUGUUGCUUACAAGAAUUUCACAAACUUAUUUGGACAGCCGCUAGUCUGCUUGCUUUCUCCUACAGCCUAUCCAAAAGCUUUACAAGAUCAAUCUCAACGAGGUAGCCUGUUCACUCUCUUUUUGAACAAUCCUCUAAUGGCCUUCCUAUUUGUCUCUGGACUGUCAAGCAUGCGUAGAGGCCUAUGGGAAAAGUGUCAAGAAUAUCUUCGAAAAAUCAACCGCGACAUUGCCCAGCUACUGACCCAUUCACGUUCAAUAGAUCAGGCAUUUCUCCAGUUUUUUGGAGAUGAAUUUCUUCGCUUGCUUCUCACAAGAUUUAUCUUUUGUUCAGCCACCAUGAGGAUGCACAAGAUUUUUCGGGAAACACGGAAUUACCCAGAAUCAUAUCCACAACUGCCAAGGGAUGAAACAGUGGAGAACCCUCAUCUCCAGAAGCACAUUUUGGAAUUAGCAUCCAUUCUGGAUGUGCGAAACGUGUUCCUUGAGAAUACCAUAGACGAUUAUUAAAGCAAAAAUCCUCUUAUUGAAACACGUUUUCAUUUGCCACAAAUUUUAAAUGGUGCAGUUUUCUAAUGUGAUGACAGAUACAUAGUGGUGUUAUUUAGUUUUUAUUUUUCAAUUUAGGACCACCAUUUUAAAAACAAACUGAAAAAAAAGUUGUUCAAACUUUUAGGGUAACUUUUAAAAUACAGUCUUUCAGGUGUUUUAUUAAAACCUCGAUUAAUCUUGGAAUUUUUAUUUUUUGGUUUUGAGGUAUGGGUACUUACCUCUAACAUCUAAUCCUACACUCAAAUAGUUACUAUUCUCACCCUGAGAAGAGUAAAUCAUUUAUUUUUGUAUAAUGAGGAAAAUCCAACUCUUAUACUUGGACCUUAAAUGUGUGGAUUUAGAAAAUAUAUAAUUGUUCACAGAGGUGAAACUAGCCAGCAUGGACUACUCAAAAUCAAGAUCAUACCCCUUCCAUAAUAUUUCUUUUCAUUCCAAGUUAGUAUAGAUAGAAAAAUGUGUGAUUCUUUGAAGCAUAAUCAAGUUAUAGUUCUUGAAAGUAUUUAAUUUGUUUAAAUGCUGUCAAAAUUUCAGAAACCAUAAAGCAUUGAUUUGUAUCUGAAAAGCUAAAUCUUUAAUUGGGAUCUUUAGAUGAUAAAUAUCAUUUGGAAUGUGUGAGUCCUGUGCUAUCAUGAGAUAUAUUUGCAUACUUUGUUUUCUUUGUAGUUUUUGAAUGCUGGAAGUGAAAAGGAGGUGAAAAAGAGCAGCUUUUAAAUCUUUCCGUCAAAAAAUCAGAUUGUUGGUUUCAUGAUCCAGUGUUUCCAUAGGAAUUCCAUUUAAGCUCUUAUUAAUGAGAUCAAGUUUGAAGGCUAUAUAGAUUGAAGUUUGUGGCAUACAGUACAGAGUUGGUCAUCUUUUUGCCUGGUUCAGAUCGAUGAACCUUCAAAGUCAGAGAUGUUAUUAAUAUUAGUUGAGGGUAACUGAAUUUAUUGUUUAACCUAAAAUGGAAGUUGCUUUUGCAUUGACAAUUUGGAAGUGAGGUUUUUAGAAACUCCUUGUAUUCACUAUUUUCUAUUUCAUGCACAAGUUUUUUUUUUUAUUAUUUUAUAUAGGACUCAGUGUAUAAUAUUUAUAAAGAUUUUUGAGUUGUCUUCUUCUUUUUUAUCCCUUUCAAAAAAUUCACAGGCACUAGCUAUGAUUUCUUACCCCUCUUUUGACUCCACAGCUUUCAGAUUGAGAAAUCUAUGAAUCAAAAGCCCUUCUACCUAAUUUUCCAUACAGGCUCACAGUCUACCUCUGGCAGUCCCAGGGGAAAUGAGGUGUUUGCUGUUGGUGCCUCUUUCCUAUGUUCCUAGGGAAAUUUUACUGUAAUAUUUUAAACUUGAUUUUUAUUUCUGACAUAGAGAAUUAUUUGGAUCUAAGUUAUGCAUAUACCUGUUCCAAUUUGUUGAUUUUUCAUCUGAAGUCUUAAAGCGAUUGUUCUUGGGUUGGGCGGACUUUGUGGGUUUUUUAGUUAACUUUUUAAAAGUCAUUUUUGUUUGUUAUUUUAAACAUUAUUUCAGAAGUCUUUGGAAAAGCCCCAAAGAGAGAUUUUCUUUGCAAGUGGGUUUUCAUUGUCAGAUAAAGACUACUUUCCUUUUUUUUCCCCCAGUACCUUAGUAAACUUCAUAGCUUUCUUUACAUAACUGCUCACCUGGACGACAGCAAUAGAUUAUCCUUAGUUAUCUGACCUCUUGUUUCAAUUCCCCUGAAGUUCUGUGCCAGUAAUGUUCCUAACAACACAUAUUGUCCUGUUCUCUGAUGAUUAAUAUAAUAUUUAUCACCCUGAGCUUUAUCCUCACCUGAUUAACAUAAAAAACAGUGGUUUGAGAACUGGGAGAUCUGAGUUCUAAUCCUGGCUUUCCUGGUAACUAGCUGCUUGUCCUUUGACAAAUGUCUCCAUGUCUCUGCUUUUUAGCAUUCUUGCCUGUAAAACGAAGGCCUUGGCCCAAGAUUCAAUCCAGUUCUCUGUUUUCUAUAAUUUGAAUUCUUGGUUCUGAAAACCUGAUUUUCCCACCCUUGCCGCUUGGAAAGUUGGUUUCCCUUAUUUUGAUGUACACAGUAUUUCCUUUCCUAGAUCAUUUUUACCUAGUUUUUGUUCAAGAAAAUAUCUGGGUCUCACUUAUUUGUUGUAGAAAGUAGUUUAGAGACUUUCCGGAAAAAAUUAGAGGUUUUGUUAGUAGAAACACGUUUGUCUAAGAACAAGGGAUCUUAGAAAUCACAGUCAGUGUUUAGAUGAUGACAUUCCUCCUUAAGCUAAUAGUAGUGUAAUUCCUUACCAGUGGUUAAAAAUUUAAAGUGAACUGAUCUUGAGAGCAAAGCUAUACUAGAAAAUUCUAAACUAUUGUUUCAUUCAUGUGUAUUGAGCAACAACUGUUCUCCAGAUUUUAUCCUAGGCAUUAGUCUGACAGACCAAGUAGACUUAAACUUCCUUGUCUUCAUGGAACUUAUAUUCUAGUAGAAGAAAUCAGGCAAUAAAUAUAAUACAUAAUUUAUGUUAGAAAGUUUUAAACAGUAUGAAGAAAAUUUAAGAGUGUGCUAAGGAAAAUUUUUCCUUUGUUUUUAGAGAGAGAAUAAAGUUUCAAAGACCAAUCAGGGUAGGCCUUCUUGGAAGGGUUACAUUCGUGCAAACAUGUCAUAUUCCUUUGUCUUGUCUUUUUUUUUUUUUACUUUUUAUCAUGAAAAUUUGAAACAUGCACAGUGUUUAAUGAAUGCUCUUGGACCCAUUACCCAGCCUCUA